GGUGAACUCCCCCAGCAUGUCAUGAAGGGAUCCCGCACCAUGCAAUUCGUUGCUCAUUCACCUCCUACUGGAAAAGGCAGCUAACCUUAUCCCACUAACCCUCUGUAAUUGCCUCUCCCUGCUGCAGGUACCGAUCUCGACUUCGUUCUCAACCUCGACCCGCGACGCGCUCCAGCCCUCGAAUCUACAUGGAAGCAACGAUUCAGCUCUCGGUCAGCUUAUAUGUGUCGGUACGAGAUUCUUGGUCGCGGGCUAUUAUACUGGCAGCGUAAGAAAUCCAGAGUGGACAUAGAUCUUUCAUCUAGAGAGCUAUCGCCAGAAUGCUCCACGAGGUCCUCCUCUCCCUAUCCGGCCAACCGUCGCCGCUAUUCAACCUCUCCACCGAAGAAGGCCUCGUCGCUGAAGAUGCUUUUCCCCUCUUGUCUCCUCCCGAGAAAGCACUCCUCACCCCCCUUGCCCGUCUGAGCCGACUGCAUGCUCGUCUGCGCACCCACACGGCUCGAAUUUCGUCCUCCCAUGAAUCCGUGAUCUGUCGGGCCGUAUCGACGGCAAUUAGCACGCAGCACCUUGGCGAAUUCCAGAAGAAGAUCAUCGAGGUCGAAAAAGCAAUACUGGUUGAGGAUAGUCGAUAUGUUGGCGGGUACGGAAUUGUGCCGUUAUCAACCAUUGUGGGAGAGUUUUCGCCAUGGACGCGGCGACUGGAAUGGUUGUGGGAGGUGGCUAGAUUCAUCCUACCCGAGGAAAGUCAUGAUAGCUGCACCGGUGCAUCGUUGAUUGACUUCCUUCGCGCAGAAUCGCAGACCGGAUAUGCUGACAUUGAAGAAAUGGCAUUGCACUUGGUCAGUGCGGCGGAGACUGCUUGGAUGAGGCAGCUGUCGACAUGGCUGCUCUAUGGGAAUUUUCCUGUGUUGGGAAAAAGUGAUUUCUUCAUACAAGACGAGAGUGCAAAUUCUGGAAAUCACUCUGCCACGUCGAAUUUCAUUCUACAUACUAAGCUGUUACCAAAGUUUGUUUCACCACAGACGGCGUCGUCCAUCUUGUUCAUUGGGAAAACCUUGAAUCUCAUUAGAGCAAAGCGAAGUACUUCGACCGCGGGGUUUUCAAGCGGUCUUUCAACGGCACCGGUCACUCUCCAUGGUGAUCAUAUCGAGCAUCUUGCCACCCUCGAAUCCCCCAUAUCAACCUUGAAGCUAUCCACAGCGAUAAAUUCGAUCCGCUUGUCGUUGGCGCAGAGCACGUUCUCCAAGCUUCUGCCUCUUCCGAAAAUCCUCGAAGUUUUAUCCGUGCUGCAUGAUUUCCUGUUGCUAAGACGUGGUGAAUUUGCGACGGCUUUAGUAUCGCAUGCUGAUAGCCGGCUACAAGAGAGGCGUCGAAAACCAGAAGCCCCAGGUCCCAGAGACAAAUCUGCUGGGGUUCUUCGAGGGCUCGCCGUUAAAGAGGGUGACGUUGCAGCCGCAUUAGCACAAACCUGGAUCGAGCUGUAUUCUUUGCAGAAUGAGGAGGAUCCUCAGGAUGACGAACUUGACCUUGCCAGGGAUCUUCUGCGGCUGUCAAUCAAGGACUCAAAGGAAAAUCAGAAGCCAGUUGAUGAUAAGGUCGAACUUGGUCAAGUUACGGACAUCUCCAAUAUCGCUUUCGAUGAUCUUCUUUUCCCAACCCCGACAUCACUUUCCGUACAAGUCCGCCCGCCCCUUGACUUGUUUCUUUCCACUUCCGACAUCUUUUCUUACUCUAAGAUCCAUUCCUACCUGCUGGGUAUCCGGCGUGCUCAAAUACAUCUCGGCGACUUAUGGAAGCACACGUCCUUGCGUAAGAGCUAUCCAUCGCCAUGGGGCCCACCCCGAAGCAGUACGCCUUUUGGACAAAACAAACUCAAGAUGGGGCGGCAGAGAGACAACGCAAGAAUUCACCAGAUGAGACCCAUCUGGGCAACGAGCAGUGCCUCGCUUUUUGUGUUGUCUGAGAUAGGAAGCUUUUUCCAGGGCGAAGUUAUCAACGGCUCCUGGCAACACUUCCGAGAGUGGAUCGAUGGGCGUCCGGCUUCGGCUGCUUCGUCAAUGGGUUCCCGACCGCAGACUGCGGCGUCCUCGAAGACACAAGAGCCUGGCUUCGAAAGUUUUGGUCAAACUGUAACCCAGCGACAUGAUCCCGAAACAUUGACCAUUGCACAUCGUGGGUAUCUUUUCUCUCUCGUCCAAUCGCUAUUCUUGACGGAUGUUCCUUUCACCAAGGCUCUACGGGCCUUGCUUACAAGUGUCGAUCAUUUCAUCGCCCUGGUGGUGCGCCUCGAGGGCAUUCAACGGAACAUGGAUCUCGAGACGGAUGAAGGCGUGGUGGAUGCACUGGUAGACUAUGCCGGGGAAGAGAGAGAAGUCUGGCAGUCGUUGAGUGCUGCGCGCCGUCAAGUGGAGGCGGGCAUCAAGAACGUCGUAGCCGGGCUCAGGGACAUUGACGACAAUCGGUCAGGAGAGGGACGGAAGAUGUUCGAUGCAGCUAGACCGCAACCUGGACUUUGGGCAGCUCCUCUGAGCGGCACGCGCGCUGAACCUGCCAUCAGCCAUUACGUGCCACGGAAGGCUGCCGGUGUUGAUCGACUGCUGAUGAAACUGGACUUCGGGAACGCCAAUGGGAGCAUCGGCCCUACAGCCGUGGCAGGUGGAUUCAACUAGGAUCCAUGACGGCCCGAGCGGUGGUGUGAAGGUGCAGUGACGAAUGUAAUGGCAAAGUUAAUGUAUGAUUAGCAGGGAGCAUCUCAUAACUACGGCGUACGCAUAGAAUGGAAGAGGGUCAGGUGUCAGGUGUCAGGUGUCAC